CUCAAGUGGCCAAGCCCAAGACCGCAAGUGUGGGUAUCGGGACAGGGUCUCUUCAAAUUCUCAAACGUGAUUUGAGUGUGUGCAGUUUACGAUUAGUUUAAACAUCCCAUCUGCUCUGAUCACACUGUUUAACUACAUUCAACAUAAGUAACAACAAACAUCGAUUUAAAGGAGAAAAAUUAAUCAGGGUGCUAAACUAAACUAAAAAGAGGAAAACUGUUGCUAGAGCACAACCAAAUGUCAUUACAUCAUGCAAGUGCCUGAAGAAGAUACACCAAUGCUGGCAGUAUGCAUUGAUGAAACAGGAGCACUCUUUUUGAAACAUGUUCCUCGGCCUGAACUCAGAGAUGCGCAGCUGCUCAUCAAAGUCACUGCCACUGCUUUAAACAGGGCUGACCUGCUACAGAAAAGAGGUCUUUAUCAGCCUGCGCAUGGAGAGAGUCAAAUCUUGGGUCUGGAGGCCAGCGGGGUGAUCGAUGCCAUCGGCCCUGGAGUCAAGGGCAACUGGAAGCUGGGAAGUGAAGUGAUGGCUUUGCUCAGUGGAGGUGGCUAUGCAGAAUAUGUAGCUGUUCCGGAAGAACUCGUCAUGCCUGUUCCAUCCCACCUCACACUUUAUCAGGCCGCAGCAAUACCUGAGACCUGGCUCACUGCCUAUCAACUUCUGCACUUCAUAGCCAAAGUGAAGCCAAAUGAGACCGUGUUAAUUCACGCUGGAGCGAGUGGAGUCGGCACGGCAGCCAUUCAGCUGGUUCGGUUGGGUCGUGCUGUUCCAAUAGUGACUGCCGGGAGCCCUGAAAAAUUACAAUUCACUGAGCAACUGGGAGCAGCUUUGGGAAUAAAUUAUAAAGAAGAUAAUUUCUCUGAGAAAGUACUCCAAUUCACUGAAGGCAGGGGAGCUGACAUAAUUCUAGACUGCAUUGGUGGAUCUUCUUGGGAAAAGAAUGUUUCUAGCCUUGCAUUAGAUGGACGAUGGGUGCUUUAUGGCGCCUUGGGAGGUAAAACAGUGGAUGGAGACUUGCUUGGCAAGCUUUUAAGGAAGAGAGGCCAUCUUCUUUGUACUCUCCUGAGAUCAAGAAGUUUACAAUAUAAAGCAGAGCUCGUCCGGAGUUUCACCGAGCAGGUUUUGCCGCUCUUUAAGUCAACAGAUUCACCCCUGUGCCCUGUGAUUGACAGCACAUUCAACAUGGAGGAUAUUGAAAAGGCUCAUCGACACAUGGAGGAAAACCAAAAUAUUGGGAAGAUAAUUAUAAAAAUUGGAUCCUCUUGAUAAUAUUCCUCAAACAUAUUUAAUGUAUAAUCAGUGACACUAUCUAGCAUUAGGAAACCUUCAGAUUUACAGCAUAUAAACAAACAGUCAGCAUAGUACCAGCUAAUCAGAUACUGUAGUAAUUAUGAUUGGGGGAUGGUAAUUGUCAUGGCUACAGAAUGAAGAGGAGAUAUGAAGUUUAUGACAUCAUAAGACAACAUAUGACUCACAUAUAGUGGGUGUAACUUUAAUGCAAAGAAGAAAGCCACACUGGUUAUGACCACUUAUAAAAUGAAGGCCCAUGUUAAAUAUUAGACAAAAACACCUGAAAGCCUAUGAAUACCUCAGGAAGGUUUAUGACAGUCCCAAGGCGCACAGCUUCCAAUGAAAAACAAGGGCCUGGGAAAUUGCACUUUGUGAGGGUAAUCUAUAAUAUGAUCUUUCAAAAUCAUAGAAGUGAAUGGAAAAUGCAUGGAAGUGAAUUGGUCAAAAGGUGCAGGAAUAGGUUUGUUAUUGUUAAAUCUACAGU